CUGUGGUUUUCUGCAGUUUUCUGUUCAGUGGUUUGAUUUCCCUUGAUUCCAAUUUGGUUUUAAAUUAAUUCAAUUAAAAUACUGCAAUUAAUUUGACUUUCUUAUUGACGACACCUGUAACAGUUGCUUAUUAAAAAUAUGUUUAUCAACUGUGAUCCUAGGAUGUUCAAAGAAAGAGAAACAACUUUGUCUGCUUGCUUGUCAGCCAUAGCUACAAGCCCAUUCCUUUGUGAAUUGUAAACGCAGAUUUUGUGAUAAUUUGUGAUAGUGAUGCUUACAUGGUUUUCGGCUUCUCUUCUUUACUCAUGUUUCUAUUGUUGACAUGAACUUUCGAGGAUUAUCAUUUGUAUUUUUUAACCUUACAUGAUCUGUCCAGUAACCUCCAAGCGGAAGUGGCCAAUAUCUGCCGAUUUUAUUGGAUUUAUGAAUCUAAAUAAGUCCUUAUUAAAAAUUUCGCCUGCUUGCGUAUCCUAACUGUGUAUCGUUAUAAUGGUAGAAAUAGGAGUUCCUCAGCAAUCUGCAGAAGAUAGUUUAGAAAACGCUGAAUGGUAUUGGGGUGAUAUUACUCGUGAUGAAGCCAAUGAAAAACUCCGUGAUACAUGUGAUGGAACCUUUCUGGUUCGCAAUGCAUCCAACAAAGAUAGUGGUUACACACUAACCGUUAGGAAAGGAGGCACUAACAAGUUGAUCAAAAUCUACAAUCAAAAUGGGCGCUAUGGAUUCUGUGAGCCUUUCGAAUUCAACUCCAUUGUUGAUCUGGUUAGGUUUUACAGAGAGUACUCGCUGGCACACUGCAACAGCAGUCUCGACAUCAAACUCAUGUACCCCCUGUCUAGACAUCAAGAAAAUGAAGGAGGGGAAAACAUUAACGAUGAAACUCUAGAAACUCGCUACAAGGAAAUUCAUAAAGAAUUUGUACUAAAAACUAGAGAUUACGAUGAACGAUCAGAUAAAUAUAUGAGGCUAAGAGAAGAAGUGAAACUUAUGAGACAAGCUCUUGAGAGUUUUAAUGAAACUAUAAUAGUGUGUGAUAAACACAUCAAAACCCAAAUUGAGAUGCAGUCAAAAGCUCAGCCGCAUGAAAAAAAUGAUCUAAUAGAAAACAAUAGGUUGCUUAUGAUACAAGUCAACAACUUUAAACUGGCCAUAGUGCAGUUGGAUAAUAGAUUAAAGAAGACAGUUGAGUCUAAUCUAUUACUUGAAAGAGAAAUAACAAAAUUAAAAUCAGAGAUAAUUUAUCUUUAUACAAUAAAAAACAGAUACAAAGGAUGGUUACAAAGGAGAAGCAAGACCGAAGAAUACCUUCAGGCCUUGGAAGAUGACAAUAUUCAUAAACUUGAGGAGUUGUAUGCACAUCGUGAAAUGAAAACUUGGAUGGUGGAAGACUGUUCACGCACCAGAGCUGAAGAACUUUUAGAAGGGAAACCACAAGGCACAUUUUUGAUUCGGCCAAAUUCCACAGGCCAACGUGCACUGUCAAUUUGUUGUAACAAUAUUGUAUAUCAUUGUAUAAUUUUUAAGACUGAUAGAGGUUAUGGAUUUGCAGAACCUUAUAAUAUUUACAAAACUUUGAACGAGCUUGUAUUACAUUAUGCUGUGAACUCAUUAGAGGAACACAAUGAACAGUUGAGAACUACCCUGAAGUACCCUGUUAAUGCACAUUUAGUAAAAAAACCAGACAAGAAAGGUUAUGAAGCUCAGCAAACUGAUGUCCGCCAGCAACAGGAUUAUCAUCAUGAAUCACAGUCACAUCUCAAUGCAAGCAUGGAAAACACCUUCCAUGCACAUAAUAAUGUGUGAAGGUUUUGGCCUAAGACUACACUAGUCAUUAUAAAAAAGGCUACAAUUGGAUUUUGAAGUCUUUGGCACAAAUCAAUAUCAAUUCUUCCAGUGAAGCUCUGUUAGGUUUGCAAUCUAAUUGCCAUAAGGGUGAGUUCACAGAUACUGUAUUUGUGUCUUCGGGAAUAUGUGAUAUUUUUUGGUAAAGGUUAUGAAAACUGUCUGUUACCUUUUUACAGUACUGAAAUAUUCUCAUAAUAUGUCCAGCCACAUUAAAAUAAUUGUGUAGGUACCUACAUUUUUUAUGAAAAGUUUUAGCAAAAGUAAUUUUUUUAAUACCACAUAUGUAUUUUAAAUAUUGCUCUCAUAAUAAGAACACUUUUCUUCAUACUAUAUAUUUUGUAGCUCAAUGUAUACUGCAGUUCUAUCAUGAGUCACUCAUGAGUUCAAUUUAAAAAUUAUGUAUAUAUAAAAUUGAGGUAAGGAAUGUGUUUAUAAUGUUUUAUUACUAAUUUUCAAGUGUGUAAUUUUAUGGGUCAAAAUAUGUACAAAAUAUAAUUGUAAGCUGAUAAAACAGUGUUGAUUUGUAUUAAUAUAUUUAAAACAAUAGUUUUUAUAAUAGUAAUUUAUUUAGAUUAGUUCAAAUAUCUUUGCAAUAGGUAGAUCAGUUAUCCAAUGUUAUGAAAAGAUUAUAAUAUAACACACGAAUUUUAUGUUUAUAUAGUAUAACAAUUUACAUUAGGUAUACAAUGGUACUAAUUCUGUUGAGUCUUUGAACUUAAUUGACAAGUCCAUAUAGUGCUAUUCUUUUCACAAUGUUGUUUGCUGAAAAGGAUAGCAUUAAUUUUAGACCUGUCGGACUUCAGGGUUUAAAGAUUGUGUACAACAUAGCUUAGUACCAAUCUUUUAUUAAAGUUAAACUAAACAAGUAACACAUCAAAGUAACAGUUAUUAACAAAUAAAAUUGGAGUAAUAGAGA